UCGAAAUGCCAUUGUGAUGACGCAGGGACGUGCUCGGGCGAAGGCAAGCGGCCAUUACGCGGCUCAGUUUCCCUACGAAGGUCGGAGGGAAGAAGGAGCUAAGCUAGCUAGUUAGCCUGGUAGCCAGCCACUGACGCCAUAGAAAAUCACACACACCUUCCUAAGACGCGCACUCGACGGCGGGGGGAGCUUUGCAGACCACAAGCGUGUGGACACAUGAAAACUGGGUUAAACCUGAAAUAGAAGGGUCCGCUUCGACCGAGAGGCUGCGCGAAGCUGCGCCCGAAGUAAAAAUAAAAUAAUCAUCGUUAUCUAGUGGUUUACGCGGCGAUCGUUAAAUUAGCGCAGCUACCGAUAGAAAUAGAGUGAAAGGGGGUGAAGGCCGUCGUCGGAGUGCGUUUAAAAUGGACAAUAAAGCUUUUACGAAAGAACUGGACCAGUGGGUCGAGCAGCUGAACGAGUGCAAGCAGCUGACAGAGAACCAAGUGAGGACUCUGUGCGAGAAGGCUAAAGAAAUCUUGACAAAGGAGUCAAAUGUGCAGGAGGUGCGCUGUCCCGUCACAGUCUGCGGAGAUGUUCACGGGCAGUUUCACGAUCUCAUGGAGCUCUUCAAAAUUGGGGGCAAGUCUCCUGAUACAAACUACUUGUUCAUGGGAGACUAUGUAGACAGAGGGUAUUACUCAGUGGAGACAGUGACUCUUCUCGUGGCAUUAAAGGUCCGUUACCCUGAGCGCAUUACGAUUCUCAGAGGUAACCACGAGAGCAGGCAAAUCACGCAGGUUUACGGUUUCUAUGAUGAGUGCCUCAGGAAGUAUGGCAACGCCAACGUAUGGAAAUACUUCACAGAUCUCUUUGACUAUCUCCCCCUGACUGCCCUGGUAGAUGGACAGAUUUUCUGCCUGCAUGGUGGCCUUUCUCCUUCAAUAGACACACUGGAUCACAUUAGGGCUCUGGAUCGUCUGCAGGAGGUUCCACAUGAGGGCCCGAUGUGCGACCUGCUGUGGUCGGACCCCGAUGACCGUGGAGGCUGGGGAAUCUCCCCUCGUGGUGCUGGCUACACCUUUGGGCAGGACAUCUCCGAGACCUUCAACCAUGCCAAUGGCCUCACCCUUGUGUCUCGGGCUCACCAGUUGGUCAUGGAAGGAUACAACUGGUGUCAUGAUAGGAAUGUUGUGACCAUCUUCAGUGCGCCAAACUACUGCUAUCGCUGUGGCAACCAAGCAGCCAUCAUGGAACUGGAUGAUACUCUAAAAUACUCUUUCCUGCAGUUUGAUCCUGCACCUCGCCGUGGGGAGCCCCACGUCACUCGACGCACCCCCGACUACUUCCUAUAAACCCCCUCCAGAUGACAUUUGUAUGUGUAAAUGUGUGUAUAUGUAUGAGCAGGGUUACAACAUGAAAGUACCAACAUGGACCAAAAUGUGCCAUACUAGCGGUAAGCAUUUAGUGCACACAUACAGUUUGCCCAGUGUCUCAGUACUGCAACAACAUACCGCAUUUAUCCUUCAGCUCAAGUCUCAAAAGCCUGCUGUAUACGAUGGUAGUAAUGGGUUUCUUUUUCUCCUUUUUUUUUUUCCGGGGGGGUGGUUCCCCGAACUGUACAUUGAAGAGGACUUGCGUGACUUGCUUUGCUUAUUUCAAAUUUACUGGACAAAAUGUACAUUUUUGCGACAAUUAGCAAUGCCAGGCAUGUGAAAUAUGGUAUUUUUAAUGUACAAGCUUAUCGACCCCCCACACUUUUCUCCAGCAGACACUAUCCUGUUAUGAAUGCAUAGUUGAAGAGAGAAACCUCUUCCUCUUCUGGAGUAUAUGCUGUCAUGUAAAGAGCCCACCUUCCCUCCUUCUCACCCACCCACUGUUUAAAUCUUACUGUUUACUGUACUUUUUUCUGUAUAUUUGUCAUGAAGUGAUUGCAUCUUUGGCGUAUUUGAACCAAUUAAAGUACUUUUGAUCAUUAA